AUGCAUCCCCUUGGCCUGGGCGUGAAGGCAGCCCUCUGGCUAGCCUUCAGCUCAGUGGCCACCGCCCUAGGCCAAGAAAAGAUCAUAUCGACGAGCAGCCACGGAUCGGUGCUGCAGCUGGCGGGGGCCGGCCCCAACAAGGCCGGCCAGAUUCUGGUGGCGGAGAACGAGUACUGGGGCGUCAUCCGCGCGGCGGGCGAUUUGGCGGUCGAUUUUGGCCGGGUUACUGGCACGAACUUGACGUUGAGUAAUGGGAUGAAGGGAAAGGUGGUAGAGGCGGCGAGGUAUGAGUAUGAGCCGGUGGAUAAUACGAAUAAUACUAUGUACUCAACCACGGGCACCGCCCACUUCACCGGCCCCAAGUACUCGCCCUACGACUCCGCAAACGUCGUCAUCAUCGCAGGCACCAUCGGCCACUCAACCGUCAUCGACAAGCUCGUCUCGUCCCACGCGCUCGACGUGUCUGGGGUCAAGGGCAAGUGGGAAUCGUUCACCAGCCAGGUGAUCGAGCACCCUGUCGCGGGUGUCAAGAAGGCGCUUGUGAUCGCGGGCAGCGACCCGCGCGGGACGAUCUUUGGGAUUUAUGAUGUUAGCGAGCAGAUUGGGGUCAGCCCGUGGUAUUUUUGGACUGAUACGCCGGUGCAGAAGAGCGAGAAGCUUUAUGUGACGAAGAAGAAGAAGGUGCAGGGCCCGCCGUCGGUGAAGUACCGUGGAUUCUUUCUGAAUGAUGAGCAGCCGGCUUUGACGAACUGGGUUGCCACCCACUGGCAAGACACGCCCUACGGCCCAGGCUACGGUCCCGCCUUCUACAGCCUCAUCUUCGAAGUCGUCCUGCGCUUACGCGCCAACUACCUCUGGCCGGCAGUCUGGGCGACCAUGUUCGAAGUGGACGACCCCGCCAACCAGCCGCUCGCCGACGCCUUCGAAGUCGUCAUCGGCUCCUCCCACACAGAACCCCUGAUGCGCGCGCAAAACGAGUUCGGCCACUUCUACCAAGGCCCCUGGGCGUACAACCUCAACAACAAAACCAUCGACGACUAUUUCCGCUACGGCGUGCAGCGCGCUAAGCCGUAUGCGCGGAAUUCCCUGUGGACUAUGGGUAUGCGCGGCACGGGGGACACGGCGAUUGAGGGGUUGGGGGUAGAGUAUAUUGUUGAGAUGUUGGAGGUGUUGGUUAAGAACCAGCGGGAGAUCAUCUCGACGGGGCUCGGGGUGAAGGACAUCAGCACGGUGCCGCAGCUGUGGUGUUUGUACAAGGAGGUGAUGAGCUACAUCUUUGCUGGGCUGCAGGUGCCUGAUGAUGUGACACUGCUGUGGGCGGACGACAACUGGGGCAAUGUGCGGCGGCUGCCGCUGCGGAAUGAGACUGAUCGCGCUGGAGGUGCCGGGAUUUAUUACCACUUCGACUACGUCGGUGACCCGCGCGAUUACAAGUGGAUCAAUACCAUCCAGCUGGCCAAGACGACGGAGCAGAUGCAUCUAGCGUACGCCCGGGGCGCCGACCGCGUGUGGAUUGUUAAUGUGGGCGAUAUGAAGGCGCUUGAGGUGCCGAUUAGCCAUUUCCUGGAUCUGGCCUACGACGCUAAGCGCUGGGAUAUCGAGAGCACAGCGGAUUGGGCCGAGGCGUGGGCCGCGCGGGAGUUUGGGGCGAAGUACGCCGGGGAGAUUGCUGACGUGCUGCUGCAGUAUGGCAUGUAUGCGGCGCGCCGCAAGUACGAGCUGAUCGAACCGUCGUCGUACUCGGUUAUCAACUACAACGAGGCCGAUGCCGUGCUAGCGCAGUGGGCGGAUUUGGUCGAGAAGGCGCAGGGGAUUUAUGACAAGCUGCCGGCGAAUACCCAGGCGGCCUUCUUCCAGACGGUCUUACACCCGGCCAUGGCUGGUCAAAUUGUGCAGCAGAUCAAUAUUGGCGGUGCUCGGAACUUGCUGUUUGCUGGUCAGGGGCGCAACUCGGCCAACAAGGUGAUCCAAGACGUGUUGAAGUACUCGGCGGCUGAUGCCAACCUCACCCGUCGUUGGGAUGCUCUGUUGGAUGGAAAGUGGAAGCACUUCAUGGACCAAACCCAUCUCGGCUACUCCGGCUACUGGCAGCAGCCCAUGCGCAACACCCUCCCCGCCAUGGUGCAUGUCCAAACCGAAUUCGCUGCGCUCGCCGGACAAAUCGGCAUCGGCGUCGAAGGGUCCAACGCGACAGUCAAAGGCGACGACCGGUGGCACGGCAACAGCGCCAACGACCUCUCCCUGCCCAUCCUCGAGCCCUACGGCCCGGCCACACGGUACAUCGACGUCUUCUCACGCGGCGUCGAGGACUGCGACUGGUCGCUGGCGGCCAACCACCCUUGGCUCAAGCUGGACCCGGCCAAGGGGACUCUCGGGCCCGACAGCGCCGACACCCGCGUGCUGGUGUCUGUUGACUGGGCCGCUGUUCCGGCUGGGUUUGAUGGCACGGUAACUGUCAACGUCACGACAUGCCGCAAGUUCGACAAGUACGGCUUCAGCGACCCGCACGUUCUCGUCCCGGUACGCGCGCGGUCUGUGCCGAAGUCAUUCACCAAGGGGUUCGUCGAGUCCGACGGCCACGUCGCGUUUCCCGCGGCCAAAUACAGCACCAUCAUCCCGCCGUCCUCCUCCUCCUCCUCCUCGUCCAAAUCCACCAACACCACCACCAAACCAACCUACCACACCUUCACCAACUACGGCCGCACCGACACCGGCGUCGGCCUGAUCCCCCUCAACACCGAAAAACUCACCCUCACCACCGCCCCGGCCCUCGAAUACGACCUCUACCUCUUCACCAACACCACCGCAGCCAACAUCACCCUCUACCUUUCCCCGGGGCUCAACUACCUCGGCGACGCCACCCCGCUCGAAUACGCCAUCUCCCUCUUCCCCGCCGACACUCCCGAUACGUCCCAGGUUGCAGUAACCCACGUCCAACCCGUCGGCGCGACAGUCGGCGGGAACAUGCCCGCGGGGUGGUAG